AUGGCCAACGCGGAAAGCAUGCCGAUUGAAGGCGGAAAUGCAUUCGCCGCUGAGACCAGCAUGAUAAAGAUGAAGAAUCCGACCGAGCUGUCAGCGCUCAGAAAACUCCACAUCAUCAUCGCCGGCUUCGCAUGCACCUUCAAUUGCAACCUAGGCUCGUCCAUUCCCUCUGGCGCACUCGACGCCAUCGCCGCCCGCUUCUCCGUCACGAGCCGCGUGCAGCUCACACUCCUCAACUCGCUCUACAUGUGCGGCUACGUCGUCGGCCCGCUGCUCUUUGGCCCGCUGAGCGAGUACAUUGGCCGACGGCCCGUCCUCGCCGGCACGUUUCUCGGCUACCUCGUCUUUAUGCUUCUGUGCUCCGCGGCGCCGACAUAUCCGGCGCUGCUUGUUUUCCGGCUGCUGGGGGGCAUCAAUGCCGCCGCGCCGACGGCCGUCAUCAGCGGCCUGUACUCGGACAUUCUGGACGACCCGUCGCAGCGCGGCACGGCGCUGGCCGUGUACAUGUCCGUUACGAGCGUCGGCCCGUGCGUGGCGCCCGUCAUAUCGGGCUUCUCCUCGCAGGUCUCGUGGAGGUGGCCGUUUUGGGCGGCGGCGCUGAUUGCCGCCCCGGGCUUGCCGCUGGUGUGGACGAUUCCGGAAACUUUUGCGCCGGUGCUGAACCGCGUGGCCAUCAGGGCAAAGCUGGACGCCGAGGCAAAGUCAGGCGCGGUGGUCGUGACUGAGACUGACCUUUUUAGCGCUCGACGCAUCUUUUUGCGGCCAAUGACGUUGAUGAUUACAGAGCCUAUACUGCUGUUUACGUCGCUGUAUCUGGCCUUGAUUUACGCCAUUGCCUACUUGAUGUAUCAAGCAUACCCAAUUGUAUUUCAAGGCCAUUACGGGCUUUCCCCCGGAUAUGCCUCGCUCGCAUACGUCCCAAUGAUUGUCGGCAUCGUGAUAUCACUACCCGUAUUCUACAUUUUCAGUCGCUGGUAUGACGCCUCCGCAAGAAAGGGCAAGUCUUGGGCACAACGUGAAGUCAACCGUCGUCUCCCUCUUGCAUGUGUUGCGUCUCCAUGCAUGGUCAUUGCAUUAUUCUGGCUAGGAUGGACCGUCUCUGACAGCUUGCCGCCCAUCAUCCCCUCGCUGAGUGGCCUGUUCUUCUACCUUGGCUAUCAGCUGGUAUUUAUGAGCAUGGGAAACUACUUGACCGACGUCUUUCGCCAAAACUCGGCCUCUGCGCAGGCCGCCGCGGGCAUGACACGAUCGGUUGGGGCGAUUUUGUUGCCCUUGGCGGCGGGUCCCAUGUAUAGCCGUCUGGGAAUUCACUGGGCACCUUCACUUUUGGGCUUUGUUGCAUUGCUCAUGGGUGUGAUUCCCUUUGUUUUCAUCAAGUAUGGCACGGUUCUUCAGCGCAAGAGCAAAGCUGCCAACGCUGUAUUCAUGUCUGAAUUUACACAAUAG